AUGGUAUCUGCCCCGUUGAUUCAAACAUAUGAUAGUCCUCGGGAUAUUGUGAUCAAUCAAGAUUUCAUCAUUCAUGUGCAGCCAAAAGCAGAAGACACCGAAAACCCAUGGUCUCAAGUUGCAGCAUACGCCGUUGACGUGGCGAACGCGAGCAUCACCUGCAAUGACUUCGAUUAUCACUCCAUCGCGGUGGCGUCCUUUGACUUCAAUGGACCUGUGAGGGUCAGGGUCGAAUAUAUGCCAGGCUCAGUCGACUUGGCAGCGAUCCGGCCAGCCUCACGAGGCAUCAACACAGAGUUGCGAGAUAACGUUAUCACGUUCACUUUGGAUCGCGCUGAAGAUUUGAUGCUCGAACUGAAUGGCAACAAGUGGAAAGCCCUCCACUUGCUCACAAACACGAUUGAUCCAGACGCCCCGAGCGAAGAUACCAAAGACAUCUGGUACUUUGGACCAGGCGUAAAUCAAGGAUCGGCGUACUCGAUGAUCACCGACGGGGUCAAUCUUAUGGUACCGUCAGGUACAACCGUGUACAUUGCUGGUGGGGCUUUUAUCACUUUCCGGCUGAAUUUCGUUGGUGUCACCGACAGUGCUGUGCGAGGACACGGCUUCAUACUCGGUCCAAAUGGUGGAUAUGUCCAUCGAGAACAUGGUGGCGCAAUACAUAUGAGCCAAGCGAGCAGUAUUCAUGUAGAAGGUGUCACGUCCUUGGGAGCAAACGGAUUUAGUCUCUCUGCAGGAGAAUGCAAGAAUGUGCAUGUCAAUCGAUAUCGCUCAUUCUCAUCUUCUGGCAAUGGAGAUGGAGUGGAUUUCUUCUGUUCGUCCGAUAUCAUGAUCGAAAAUUGCUUUUUGCGCAACUCUGACGACACCAUUGCGCUCUAUUCUCACCGCUGGGACUGGUAUGGUAAUUCAAGAAACAUCACUAUCCAAAAUUGUAUUUUGCUCCCCGAUAUAGCCCACGCGAUAAUGAUGGGUACACAUGGCAAUCCCGAAAAUCCAGAGACAAUCAGCAAUGUCACGAUCUGGAACAUUGAUAUCUUGGAUCAAGAAGAGAACCAGUUGUGGUACCAAGGAUGUAUCGCUAUCAAUGCUGCCGAUUCAAACUUAAUCCAAGAUAUCCAUGUAGAGGAUGUCCGAGUGGAAAGGAUCACCCGCGGCCAACUUUUCAAUAUCCGAGUGAUGCAGAAUGAGAUGUGGACUACUGCUCCUGGGCGAGGGAUUCGAAAUGUCACUUUCAAAAACGUGUCUUUGUGCACGCGUGACUCCGGAACCAUAAACCCAUCGCUAAUUUUGGGCUAUAAUGAGGCUCAACGGGUUGAAAAUGUUACUUUUGAGAACCUCAAGAUCGACGACAAGGUGAUACAUGACCAAAUGGAGAAGCCCAGAUGGUACAUGGUCUUGGAUUUUGUUCCUUUGUUUGUCAAUGAGCACGUCAAGAACGUCAAAUUCAUUAUAUCAUAA